ACUUCACAGCCAAUCAGAACACACCAUGUGUAAACAUGGCGUCUGACUUGAGGUCAAGAUGUGUGGUGCUUCUGUUCUACACAUGUUUGCUGUGUAUAUUAGCGACUGACAGUAAAAUUAAGCCCAAGGUAAAGAAGGACAUCCGAGACUACAAUGACGCAGAUAUGGCACGGCUCCUGGAACAAUGGGAGGAGGAUGAUGACAUUGAGGAAGGUGACCUUCCUGAGCACAAAAGGUCUUCUCCUCCCAUUGAUUUCUCCAAGGUGGACGCUUCCAAACCAGAGGAGCUUCUCAAGAUGUCCAAGAAAGGCAGGACUCUGAUGGUUUUUGCUUCAGUGACAGGAGAUCCUACUGAAAAAGAGACAGAGGAGAUCACAGGACUAUGGCAGGGUAGCCUCUUCAAUGCCAACUUUGAUGUUCAGAGGUUCGUAGUGGGCUCCAACAGGGUGAUCUUUAUGCUGCGGGAUGGGAGUUUGGCCUGGGAGGUCAAGGACUUCCUUGUGGCCCAGGAACGCUGCUUGGAUGUUACUGUGGAGGGCCAGGUGUUUCCAGGGAAAGCUGUGAAGAAGGAUGAUGCUAAACACAAACAGCAGAAUGAAGUCAACACCAAGAGUAAGAGCAAGAAAAACACAGAGAGCAAGAAGCCUGACAUGGAGGGAAACAGAGCCAGCCUCAAACAGGAGCUGUGAUGGAACUCUACAGAAUGGGAGAUUGGUGGUCUAGUUUUUCCUGGUCUCAGACGUGCUGCUUCUCACGGCUGUGUGUGCUGCGGCACCGCAGGAAGAUGCAGUGGUUUGAAGUCAGUGGUAUGAAUGAACUAAUAAAUCCUGUUAGGUACAUUCAGCUUUGACCACUCAGCUGGAAUCAUUAUGCAGUGAUUUAUUGUCUUUUCCCCUCCUCCCCCUCACUGGAUCAUGGUGCAAUGACAAGCACACUAUUAAAAUCGUCAGUCUUUGUCUGAUUGCAGACAAACUCUUUAAAAUCAGUUGUAAUCUAAUGCUGUCUAAAUUUUUGUUCAAUUAUCACCGGAUGAAAACGAACACAUGCUAAUGUUGUUUGAAAGAUACUCACAGUAAGCAUUACUAAACUGUUGUUUUUUGUGCCAAGAGCCAUGUUUAGUACAGAUCUUUUUUCCUGGUACAGAAAUGGAGUCAUUCAUCGGACCUGUCAGUCCCAGUCUCUUAUUCAUUGUUCAUGUACAGCAGUACUUCAAUAUUUUAUACAAAUGUAGCACCUAAAAGUUUUGCUUGAUUUUUCACUGAAUAUGAAAAUAAAAAUUUUUGAUAUAA